GGCUACGUUUUUUAUUUAUAAACUGGGUUUGGCCACAUUACACACUCGCCAACGACAGUUUCUCCGAACCUCAACAACAGUGUAGAGUAUGUGAUUAGAGCGCGGUGUGACGUGGUCGAGGCUGUCGGAAAAGAAGUCCAAGGGCAUUAAGAAGUGACGGUCUUUGAGAAGCAUUUGCCGGAUAGCACAAUUGCUCGGUUUUGAAGGCCAACGCGUGAAAAUACAAGACAGGCCGUUUGAAAGCCGCACGACCAGACUGCUUCUUCCUCUUCCACCUCCUCGCAGUUGGCUAGCUUACACCGGCCACAAAGCUAAUAGCAAGGCUUGCCGCUAUCUGUGGGUUCAAAACAAGCAAAUGACGGUGGCGUUCAGCUAGGGAGCAGAAGGUGGAGAUGCUUAAGAAUUAAGGUUUGUUGACUAUCACCAGGAGACAAAUCGACGGCUGAACCGAUGUUGCGAAAUCGCUAAGUCUUCCGUCGGAGAAUGGCGGACCACCGAACAGCUUCCAUAAUAUUGGCUCAUCCGUACAGUCAUCGCGUGUUGCUCUUCUUUUCUCGCCCGCUUGAAGCCUCCGUUGCCAUUGAGGAGAUUUAUGGGCUCACAAGUUUCAUCUGAUGAGAUGAGCGUGCGUGCUGGCCAGGGGAGUGAUGAGGUGCUGGUGUCACAGGCUGUGUGGGACUACCUGGCCGCUGCUGGCAGGCCCUGGCUUCUCGACUUCCAGCACAAGCAGGGCAUGAACGCUGGCAUCGUCCGACGCGGUGAGAGCGGGGGCUGCUGCGCGGUGAGGCUGCAGCCGGUGCCAGGCGCCAGGGUAGCCGCGGUGGCGGACGCCCCCGUUUCCAGUGAGACGCGCAAAGCCUUCAUCGAUCUGUGCCGCUCUGCCCGCAAGGAGAUGAGUAAGCAGGAUGGUGGCCCCAAGAGGAAAAGGGCCCAGCUGCCUUUUAUAGGGGUCCUGCAGCCAAACGGGGAGGGGACCCUGCUCCAACUGCCACCCCAGCCGCCGCCUCGCCGCUCUCUGAGACAGCAGCAGCAGAAGUUCCGUAAGGCUGUGGACGAAGAGGCCUUCUCCGUGCUCCAUGAAGCAGCCCACCGGAAAGACUGUGGAGCAACUUCCCACAGCGAGGCGGACGACAACAGUUCAUGCUCCAUCUGCAUGGGGGACAUUGUAGAUAAGACCACCCUGGAGAAAUGCGGCCACUCCUUCUGCCGCUGCUGCCUGGAUCAAGCCUUCAAGGUGAAGAGGGCAUGUCCUGUAUGUCGCCUUGUUUACGGCCAGCUGAUUGGUAACCAGCCUGCCAAUGGCACCAUGAUUGUCGAGCGGGAUCCCGCCCUGCAGCUUCCGGGUCACGAAGGCUACGGUUGCAUCUCCAUCAUCUACAGCUUCCCUCCCGGCUUCCAGGCGCCAGAGCAUCCCAACCCGGGCGUGCGGUACCCAGGAACAGACCGUUUGGCCUACCUCCCUGACAGCCCCGAGGGGAACCGUGUGCUAGGCCUGCUGAGCCGGGCUUUCGAGCAGCGCCUUACCUUCACCAUCGGUACCUCCAUGACCACAGGCUUGCAAAAUGUCAUCACCUGGAAUGACAUUCACCACAAGACCUCAAUAUGGGGCGGGCCCCGCUGUUUUGGAUACCCAGACCCGACAUACCUAGUGCGUGUGACAGAGGAGCUGCGAGAGAAAGGAAUCACGGCGGAAUGAAGCGAAAGACCUUCAGGAGCGUGCAGGACUUGAGAGCAAGUAUGUCAUGCGAAGAUGGUUGUGGUUUGGUGUGUUCAAGACUUCAUGUAAUGGUUGGCCCUCAGCAGACAGGUGCUGCUGCAGCAGAGUCUCAUUCGCAGUGCGCGCCGACUCGAGUUGAUUUCGGCUCAGUGCUACGACCUGUGGAAGGCGUGAGUGAGCGCAGCUCGUGCUUCAGACAUCUUAUUUUGGAAUCACUCUGUCAUGGUGACUCAUGUCACAUUUUGUUUUGAAUGUUUAGUUCUGCUCUGGGGAUUCCCACUUUUUUUUCCCCCAAGCAUAUUUUUGUGAUCGUGCGAACGUUCAAAAUGGGUGUCUUGUUUCCCAGAUGACAAUAGCAUUGCUAAAAAAAUACUUUUGCAAUCUAAAGCACUUGCAGGCACUUUUUUGGCACCUAUUUUCUUCCUGUAAUUUGUUUUCUUUUUUCGCGUAGCAGCUGUCUGUCGACGCUUGAUGUCAUUAGUUCAGACCUUUGUGAUUUGUUUUCCCCGUGUCCAUCAUGAACUAAAAUGGUUUAAAAAGUUUUUUCGAACACAAAUGAUGUGGUUUUUUAAGUAUCGUUCACCCGUGUUAUCCCAAGAUGCCUCACAGGCAUCCAGCUCAUAAGACCGUAGUUCGUUAGUGCUAUGCUCAUCUAAUUAGUAGUAACCAGAUUUAUGACGAUGUCAAAUAUGAAGGGCAUACAGGCCACUAAACCAAAUCAAUGGAACAAAAGCUCUUGAAAUCAAAUCAAAUCUAUGCCUCUCUCUCUGUCGAAUUGGGAGAUUUGCCUGCUGAAACGCGUUGAACUUGCUAACACCGUUCUCUCAAAUGUUUAUCUGGGUUGAUGAUCGAUGACGUGCGCUUGGGGGAUAUUAAGAAAAUUUAGGAGCAAAUAUGAUUAGAAUUGUUAUGGUGUGGAUUUCGUUGUGCCUUUUCUGAUAAUCACUUUGAUUAAAAAAAAUGGAGCAUGACAUUACUCAGUAUGUUCUGUUUGUACUUCCAUGUUACACCUCUUUGUUUGUAGCGGAGAGGCUCUCACAAUAUCAAUGUAUCAAACCGCUUUGCUUAAGCAGGUUACGCACAUACCCACUUGAAACAUUUCUCCCGGUUACCAAAAUGAGAAACCCUACAAGGAGGAAAAAGGAAAAAAAAAAACAGACAAAC